AAAAUUAAAAUUCAUAAAUAAAUUUAAAAAAUCCUUUUGUUAACUAACCAAACCAACCACUCAUCCUAACGGAUAAAACCAUGGCCAUGGCCACCACCACCGCCGCCACCAUUCCGCUCCUCUCUCCAACCACCCCUUCCCUCCACACAAUUACCAGAAUACCCUUCAUCUCCGCCACCCCAAAAUGCAACAGGCCUAUCACCAAGCUCCACGUGUCCUCCAACCCAGUCGCUUCAUCCUCCACCAGUACAUCCAAACCCAAUCAAGAAUCCAUCUUUUUCGACGGCGGAGCUCACUAUGGAGACCUCGCAGCUAAUCUCCUUUUGGGUUUCACUCUUCUUUGGCUCCCAUUAACCCUAGCUUCAGUAUUUAGGGCUUUUUACUUGAGGUACAGGUUUACCAAUUUGAGGGUUACUGUCAUUUCCGGGUUAACGGGUCAAGACCGGAGCGAUUUCUCGUAUAAAGUGAUCAAAGAUGUUCAGGUUGUUCCAAGAUUUAUUGGUGAAUGGGGCGAUGUGAUUAUUACAUUGAAAGAUGGGACUGUUGUGGAUUUGAGAAGUGUUCCUAAAUUUAGGGAAAUUGCUAAGUAUUGUCUUUCUAUGGUGGAUAAAGAGUCGUCUGGGGUUUCGAAGGAGACUAAUGCUACUGAUGGGCCUAAAGGCUUUUGAGAAACAUAUAUGUAUAAGUUGAAGAAAAGAUAUGUUGAAUUCUUAUGAUAAGGAUGCUUUUUGAAGAACACUGAUCAGUGAAGUUCAAUCUUGAAAUGGUGAGUCCAAUUGUUUUCUGGAAAAUUCAUAAACUAGAUAUGAAAUGUUUGUUGAGUACAUUGGAGUAGUUUCCAAUCAGAAGAUGCAUAAUUUGGAGAGCCCUGUCAUUAUAAUGGUUUAAACUUUUUUCAAUCUGAGGAUGCAAAAUUUAAAGAGCCUGUCUUUGUGAAUAUCUCCUUUUGUGCCAUCAAGUACCUAAAGGUCUUAUGAUUGUAAAGAUAUGAUACUUUCCCUAAUACAAGUAAUGUCACUGUAUCUGAAAAGCAAAGAUAAUGGAAAGUGGUCGUGAGGUUACAAAGGUCGUAACUAAGUCUUGGCUGAUUAGUUUGCCUUUUCUUGGUCUGGUAUGGCUAACAGGCAACAGAUUUGAUGAUGGGCCUCAGCAUAGAAUUGUAUUUCAGGUGUUGUGUUUAUAAAUCGGAGCAGAUUCCUCCCUGUUUAACCAUAGACACUGCCUGAAAUUUGUUCAGAUUCUUAUUCAACAGUGACAGACUAUCAAGGAUUUUCAUGCCAAAACAAACUGACAUGCCACAAUAGUUGAUCCAAAGUACCAUUUUUCAUCACUAAUUAUCUUUUAGAAGUUGAUAUAUCAACUUCAUAUGAAAUUGUGGAGUUAUUUCAUCGGAUAGGUCUAAGUACUUUCCAAAUAUGCUAAACCUGAAAAACUUUUCUAAUUUUUUUCCCUUAAAUCAGUGAAUGAGUUUUUCAUGCCUGCUCAAACAACAAUAUCAACCUUCAAAUCAGGAAGUUGAUUGUCCAUCACUGUAUGUACUAA